AAAAUUUUAUUUUUCUAUAUUUUUUAGUCGAAUCCAACAAGUGCACGAUUACAAUAUGUUAAGUGAUUAUCCAAUGCCUAUUUCUAUUGUUAAUUUUUUUUCGAGUGAAUCUGUUGGAUAUGCUUUAAAAAAACAUUUACACUUUUUAUUUGGACCCCCAACAAUGCUAAAUAAAUAUGAAUUGGAUAUUCCUCCAGAAAUUAUUAAUGCAAAUUUAUAUUCAAAAUUGAAUGAUUUUUUGGAUAGAGAGGAGGGAGAAGAGAGGAGUGGGGAGACAAAUUCUAAUGUUAAAGAAAAUAUUUAUAAAUAUGAACCUCAUCCUUUUAUACCGGAAAUUACUACAAAAAAUAUUUUGGAUGUUUGUAAAAGAGAUGGAAUUAAAAAAGGUUUUAAUUUUUAUAAAAAUAUUUGUGGUAAAAGUUUCGAAAUUUAA